CAGUAUUUCGAAAGGAAAGGUAUAUAUUUCAGUUUUGAUCCCAAGUUCUAUUUUAACUUUACUGAUCAAACAAACCAUAAUCCUAUUCCAUUCUGUGUCUGUCUAUUGUUUGUGUUUUCACCCUUUCCCAUCACAGUUCAGCCUGAAGUGUUCAUCUCCAGGAGUGAGUCCAAUAGUCAGGACAAGCCGCUCACUCUCUCCUGCCUGGUCACUGGAUUUUAUCCUGUAGACAUCGAGGUGAACUGGCUAAGGAAUGGAGAGGUCAUGUCUGAGACACAAUCCUCGGGGAUUCGACCGAACCAUGAUGGGACCCAUCAGAUCCAGAAAGAGAUUGAAAUCAAUGCUGGGGAUGAGGAUCAAUAUUCCUUUCAAAUUGACCAUUGCAGCCUGUCAGAGGCCAAGCUCUAUCAGUGGGAAACCCCAGGAAACAGUGGGGAACACAUCCAUCUUGGAAUGAUACUUGGAUUCCUUUUUGCUGCAGUGUUCUGGAUAAUCGUAAUGAUCAUUUGGAUAAGGUCAUGGAAAGAUUGAACAGUGUAUUCCAGAUCUGCAUAUUGUGAUCCUCAGUCACCAAGUCAGGCCUUCUGAAUUCAUGCUUUCAUCCUGUCUCGGAAAUGUGAGCAGUGUUGCCAUCUUCAUCGUCAUGGACGGUUUCUCCCUCACACUUUCUCAUUUUCAUUGUCUUCAUGCUUUCAUAAUUUGCCUGAAAUGAAACAAUGUCCAAAGGCAGAGAUAGUAGGAACUGCCGAUGCUGGAGAAUCUGAGAUAACACGGUGCAGAGCUGGAUGAACACAGCAGGCCAAGCAGCAUCAGAGGAGCAGGAAA